AUGAAGGCUGAUUUCUCAUCCUUGAAUAAUAAAGUAAACUCACAUGCAGUUUCUAUCAAGCAACUUGAAUGUCAAAUGAGCCAACAUUCAGCCCAACUAGAACCCAAGCUAUUUGGAAGGUGUGCAAAUUAUGAUAUGGAAAAUUCAAAGGCUGAUCAUGACAAAUGCUUAGCGGUUUUGACACGAAGUGGGAAAGUAGCAGGUGGUGAUGUGAAGAUGAAUGAUGGGCCAAACACUAGUGGAGAAGAGGAAGACAUCGUUAAUGUAGAGAGGUCCGACCAAGCACCGAAGAAUAGCAUACCCAAAGAGGAGGAAGAAAACCCAAGGCAAAGCACCACCGAAGAGCUGCUCAAAAAGCGGAAUGAAGAUGAAAAGUUCAAGAAAUUUCUAUCCAUGUUCAAGACACUUUCCAUAAACCUUCCUUUAGUGGAAGCAUUAUUGGAGAUGUCGGGAUACGCAAAAUUCAUGAAGGAACUAGUCACCAAGAAGAAAAGUAUGGACUUUGAAACAAUUGAAGUUUCUCAUAAUUGUAGUACUAUUAUGUCCAGCGAUGUGAUAAAAAAGAAAGAGGUUCCGGGGGCAUUCACCAUCCUGUGUACCAUUGGAAUGCUUCAGUCUGCCAAAGCUUUGUGUGACUUGGGAGUGAGUAUUAACUUGAUGUCGUAUGCUAUCUUCAAACAACUUGGGCUGGGCGAACCUAAAUCCACAACAAUGCGGCUUCUCAUGGCUGAUCGGUCUAGUAAAUACCCCAUUGGAAUACUUUAUGAUAUCUUGGUGAAGGUGGAUAAAUUUAUUUUUCCGCUGAUUUUGUUAUUUUUGGAUUGUGAGAUUGAUGCGGAGGUGCCUAUUAUUUUGGGUAAACCAUUUUUAGCAACUGAAAGAGCUCUAGUAGAUGUUGAAAGUGGGGAGUUAAAGUUCCGGGUAAAUGAUGAGGAGGCUACAUUCAAUGUGUGCAAAUCGAUGAAGCAACCUAGUGACAUCCAUAUGAUCUCAACGAUUGAUGUGAUUGAUGAAGCAAUGGCUAGUGAGUGA